AUGGCUACCUCUUCUUCUUCUUCUACCAAACUGACCCUGAAAUUGCUUAUCGACACCAAAAGAGAGAAAGUCUUAUUCGCUGAAACAUCAAAAGAGGUCAUAGACUUCCUCUUUAACUUGCUUUGCUUGCCUCUGGGCACUGUCAUAAGGCUUCUCAACAAAACUGGUAUGGUUGGUUGUUUGGCCAAUCUCUAUCAAAGUGUUGAAAAUAUGAGUGACACUUAUAUGCAACAAAAGGAUGUCCUCUUGAAGCCAAAUGUUCCUUUUUUUUCACCACAAGUCGCUAACCUUCUCCCUCCCAAUGACUACUCUCUCAAUGAUUACUCUGAUGGUGACGACUUGGACGCUUCAUUCUAUAUGUGUCGUAAACGCUGUGGUCACAAUGUCACAUGCGAUAAUACUACUCUUUGUCCAAGUUGCAGGAGUAGAAUGAACAUUAAAAUAAUAUAUGUUGGCAAAAAGAUUGUAAAAGAUGUUUUCCCCAACAAGAAUGGAUUUGUGCAAGGAGUUGUGACUUACAUGGUGAGGGAUGAUUUAAUGAUUGAACCCAUGUCAACCAUAUCAGGCAUUACAUUACUCAACAAGUUCAAUAUCAAAGAAGUUGGUGCCUUGCAAGAAAAGGUGGUUGAGUUGGGAUUGACCCAGGGUGUCAAUCUGCUCAAAGCUUCUUUGGACUCUAAGGCUGUUCUCACCAGCGUUUUUCUCAAAAACAAUUACCCAGCGCUAUCUUUGUCUCCCUUUUUUCAACAUGGCUUCUUGUCCUUCUUCUGCCAAACUGACCCUGAAAUUGCUUAUCAUGAGAAAGUCUUAUUCGCUGAAACAUCAAAAGAGGUCAUAGACUUCCUCUUUAACUUGCUGUGCUUGUCUCUGGGCACUGUCAUAAGGCUUCUCAACAAAACUGGUAUGAUUGGUUGCUUGGCCAAUCUCUAUGGAAGUGUUGAAAAUAUUAUUGCAAAAGAUGUUUUCCCCAACAAGAAUGGAUUUGUGCAAGGAGUUGUGACUUACGUGGUGAUGGAUGAUUUAAUGAUUGAACCUAUGUCAACCAUAUAA